GCAAAUUCCAUUCCAUCCCUGGCAACGUGGAUAGAGAAGUGGCUGGAAACCACCUUCCUUGAGGUAAACAACUCUUCAGUCAAUUGCUGCAUCCACCUACAAUUGGCCAGUUAAUCUAUACAUCUGAGUUUUAAGAACACCCUCAUCUGUUGCAGUAUCAUUGGACACUACAUCUUACUAUCAUGUCUAACACAGCAGUUCUAUCAGUCAUCAUUUUUUUUACAGCCUUCGUUAGCAGAGGUAUCAGUAUACCGACGUCCCGACCAAGAAUCUGCUCUUCCUCAGAAACUCUCAUCUUUAGACACGGGGAAACUCUUCGGCUCGAGUGUGGCAGUUAUUGCUCCAGUCUCUCCGCUGAUGACAGCUCUCUUCAAUUCAACUGGACUAAGAAAGUUCUACUUGGUGGUAACCCAAUUAAGCUUGAAGCGACCACUGGACCGGUGUUCACUAUGGAGAAUGCCAUGUUUCGUAACGGGGGAGAGUAUGGGUGUCAGUGUUCUGAGGGAGGACAAGAGUGCUCAUACAAUGUAUCAGUUCUUCCGUUAAUGACAUUCAAAGCCAGUGACGAUUUUAUUCACCAUGGAGACACUUUUGACCUUACGUGCAUCAUAUCUGGGUUCCCCUCCAACUUUAGUCGUAUCACGUCCAAACAGACAGGAAACCAGCUGUCCCACCAUGUACACAAACGACUCAACGAGAGCACAACUCGGUCCUAUGUACCCGUGUUUCAUCCUGAGGGCAACGUCUAUGUGUGUGAAGCCGAGAGCUACUUUGACGGGAAACUGGUGGCCCAGUUGAGAGAGGAAGUCACAGUCGAUGUGUACGAUCCACCCUCCAUCAUCUAUACCACUGAGUUCAUCAUUUCAAAGAAGGAGGAGUUUGGAAAGAGUGGACAACUAACAUGCACUGUCCAAAAGUCUUCAGAUACAAGCAGCUUUGUCAGUUGGUUCGCUAAAGGCGUGGAGAUAACUAACAACACAAAGUACUCUGCCAUCAUUCUUCCUGUUGAAGAAGAGGACAUUAUCAGAUAUCAACUCACUGUUUCAGACUUGCAGGAGACUGAUAUUGGUUCGUAUUUAUGCCGUCUCAGCUCAACGUAUGGUAUUGAGGACAUGCAAGAAGCUUGGAUACAAGUGGAUUACAGAAAAGAUGCCGAAGCUAUUUCGGAACAGGGAAGUACACAUUCCCAUGGAAUUACCCAUGACAAGGUUUUUGCUGGUCAAACAUCAGGCCAAAACAACAUCCUCUUCUUCGCAUUUUGUGGGCUCUUGGUUCUAGUUGCCAUGGUUAUCCUCUGGAAGAUGUCUACAGGUCAAGGGCAUAAAGCUCUCAAGAAAAGACCAAGUCCACCUGGCAAUCUGUAUCGACAUGGGAACGAGGAUGCACUCAGCCCGACACAGAAUACAACUAGUUCGCCUAGGAAACAUUGUUGAUGUACUUGCAUGUACAUAUUUAUAUCUAGUCAUAUCACCGAGUCUUAUAUGCAAUACUCAGAAGGUGCGAUAAAUUUUUUACUUGA